AUGUUUCGUCUCUUCAAGUCCGACUUUUUCAACUUCGAGGCUCUCCGUCUUCUCAGCUUCACAGCGCACGAGGGCGGGGAGAUUGCCGAGUUCUUUACGGCGGUGGCCCGCAUUAAAGACCAGGAUGUGGAGAGCUGGUAUUCAGCAUGGAUGGACGCGGCGGACAAAGCUGAAGUGCUGGCUAGCGAGGCGGAGCUGGCAGGGAACCGCGUGGCGGCGCGACGAGCGUAUUUGCGCGUCGCCAACUAUCAGCGAUCGGCCCAAUUCAUGCUCAAUGGGUUGCCCGGAACCGAUUCACGACUCCUGACCGCAUCUGAAGCCGCUAUUUCCAACUUCAGCCGGGCGGCCGCCUUGUUCGACUGGAGUUUCCACCGCGUGGAGAUCCCCUACGAGGAAGGCCUCGACCUACCGGGCUACGUCUUCCUACCACAUCCCUCCAACCGACUCCCGGGCAAACUACCCUUAUUGAUCCAAACCGUAGGCGCGGAUGCCACCCAGGAGGAGAUCUUCUACAUCUUCCCUAUGGCAGCGCUCGAGCUGGGGUACGCGGUUCUCACCUUCGAGGGACCCGGACAAGGCAUCGUGAUCCGGCGGCACGGGGUUCCCAUGCGACAGGACUGGGAGGUGGUCGUGGGCAAGGUUCUCGACUUCGCCGAGGGAUACGCGACCGAGAAUCCCGAGUCUCAAUUGGAUCUGGAGCGGAUAGCGCUGGUGGGCUCCUCGAUGGGGGGUCACCUGGCGCUGCGAGGCGCCGCCGACCCUCGCAUCCGCGCCUGCAUCGCCGUCGACCCCUUCUACACCAUGUUCGACCUCCUCAAGAGCCGCAUGCCCAGCCCCGUCACCAACACCUUCGUGGCCGGCGGGUUCGUCCCGGACGCCGGCUGGGACUAUGUGUUCGGGAUCUUGGGGCGCUUCAACCCCAUGACGCGGUGGGAGUUUGAUUUCGGGCGCUGGAUGCUCGGGGUUCGGACCGCCGCGCAGAUGCUCCGGCGCAUGCAGGAGUACACGCUGGGCACCUCGGACGGGGUGGGUUUCUUGCCGCGCAUCCACUGUCCCGUCAUGGUGACCGGAGCGCGGUUCUCGCUGUACUCGCAACCGGAGGUCAGCACGCAGCGGAUCUACGAUGAGCUGGUGAAUGUCCCGGAGGAUCAGAAGGAAAUGUGGGUGGCGGAGGAUAUGGCCGAGGGAGGAUUGCAGUCCAAGGUAGGGGCGUUCACCGUGCUGACCACAAAGUCUUUUGCUUGGUUGGAUCGGAUCUUCGGGAUUGAGCGUAAGAUUCAUCUCUAG